AACAGCGGAAGCCAGGUAACUACACACACAAGAAAAGAAUUCGCAGACAUUCAUUAAUUGCACGUGUGGUAUUAUAAACAUUGCAAUAUUUUGAUAUCGCACGCCUCCACUUUUUCGAGAAGUGUGUAUACCACUGCAGUUUAAUUUACAACCUCCACUGAUUUCGAGCUGGCGUUUUGACCUAAAUGGUCGACCUCUAAAUAUCAAGCUCUUUUAACUGAUGAUGACGAACAAUGGGCGAGAAAAAGUAUGAUAAUUUAGAGCUCCGGGCACUUGUGAGUCAGACUGAAAACGAACAAAACACUUAUGGAAUAGACGGGGAAAAAAGUGAAGAUUCAAGCAUUGACAAAGAUGAAUUUUACGCAUUUUGGAGAAAGGCGGCCAUUUGCGUUUCGUGUGCGUCUAUCAUUUUGACCACGGGAUUUGGAGGAACAUUUUUCGCAUUGUCUCAAAUUGCCGGUAGUCCCGCGGCCUUUGGAUUUGCCCUUGCAGCCGUGUUAGACUCGUUCAGCUCAGCGGUAGUUCUGUGGAGAUUUUCCUUCAAAGAAAGCAGGAAGGUUUCAAACUCGUCAAAACGAGAACGAAGAGCAUGUACAACAAUAGCCGUAUGUUUUAUCCUCUCAGCAUUUGCUAUAACAGCUAAAGCCAUCUAUACCUUACUGGAGGACAAAAUACCCUCCAAGGAGUUUUUGAUGGAGAUGUUAUCAGUUGGUAGCUUCUUACACCUGGUAUUUCUGACGGCUUUCAAAUGUCUAAUAGCAGACAAACUCGAGAGCAGAGCAAUGAGGAUAGAUGCAAUAAAUUCUUUGGCUGGUGCUGUUAUGACGCUUGGUAUGGUGGCCAGUGAUGUGAUCUGUUUAAACAACCCAAAAAUCUGCUACUUGGACUCCGUUACUGCAAUUCUGAUAGCCAUCGCGCUCUUCUGUUAUGGCGUCGCGACCAUCGCAGAGCUGAAAACGGGCGAGGGAAAGAAACCGCUGCACAACUAAAUGGAAUUUCAGUUCAACAGGUGGCCUGGACUUCUCCA